AUGCCGAAACUACACUCGAAAAAGCGUGCCGGCGGCGGCGCUGCGGCGGCGGCUUCGCCCUACUCCAAACCCUCGCACCCGGGCGGCAAAUCGUCGUCCGGCGCGACCUCGAACGCAAUCUUCAAGAUGAACACAGACAUUGGACAGCAUGUGCUCAAGAACCCCGGCGUGGCGCAAGCGAUCGUAGACAAAGCGGAUCUGAAGCAAUCCGACAUAGUUUUAGAAGUCGGCCCAGGAAGCGGAAAUUUGACGGUCAAGAUCCUGGAGAAAGCGAAAAAGUGCAUCGCGGUGGAACUUGACCCGCGUAUGGCGGCGGAAGUGACGAAGCGGGUGCAAGGCACGCCGCAAGGGAAGAGACUCGACGUGGUGUUGGGCGACGUGAUCAAGACGGACCUGCCUUACUUCGACGUCUGCAUCAGCAACACUCCCUACCAGAUCUCCAGUCCGUUGACGUUCAAACUGCUGGCCACCAGCCCGUCUCCGCGAGUAUGCAUCCUGAUGUUCCAGCGCGAAUUCGCCAUGCGCCUGUUCGCCAAACCGGGCGACAAGCUUUACAGUCGACUCAGCGUGAAUGCGCAGAUGUGGGCCAAGAUCGACCAUAUCAUGAAAGUCGGCAAGAACAACUUCAAGCCGCCGCCGGCUGUGGAGAGCAGCGUGGUGCGCCUCGUGCCCAAGAACCCCCGGCCUAAUAUCUCUUAUGAAGAAUGGGAUGGGCUGCUGCGGAUAUGCUUUGUCAGGAAAAACAAGACCAUGCGUGCCAACUUCCUCGGCACCACGAGUAUCAUGAACAUGCUAGAGGCCAACUACAGGACCUGGUGUGCUCAGAAUGAUGUCCCGCUCGAAGAAGGCCCACCUGCCGAGGACGACUCGACUUUGAUGGAGGUCGAGAACGCCCAGAGUGUCGGUGCUGAUGGUGAUGGCGAAGACGACGACUGGGAAGGUUUAAUGGAUGUCGAUGCCGAUGAAGACGAUCUCCCGGCCUUUUUCAAGGACCAGCAACAGUCGCCGCUGUUGAAAUUGGCAAAAGGUUCCGGCCGCAAGAGAAAAGGCAAGGUCGCAGAACUGGUGCGCGAGAAAGUCCGCUCCGUUCUUGAAGACAAGACACAGCUUGCGGAUAAGCGUGCGCGAAUGUGUGACGAAGGUGAUUUCCUGAAAUUACUAUGGAACUUCAAUCAGGAAGGCAUUCAUUUUCGAUCAUGA